CAUAAACCCAAACCAUUUCUCCUCUUCUACCAAUUUCCCCUCUCAGAUAAGCUUAGAGCCUGCCCUUUGCAAAUGGCCCUUGUACCUCAAUAUAAGUCCACUGCAGUAAGCAGAGGAGACAACCGUGCUCGUACUUCGGCUCUCAGAGAUGGCCGUCGUCCGUUUUCGUCAACAUCGGAUGACAGUGCUUUGGUGAACCAAAUUCUGCUCACUGAUAAGUCUCAUGACCGUCCCUACGAGGUGUCUUCUCUUGCAGUCAAGAACAUUCUCCAAACCAUUGAGGCCAUUCUGUCUCGUGUCACUAGACCUGACUCCCAUGGCGCCAUUGUGCUGCCGGGAACACCGAUACCGGCAGCUACACACGCGGAUGCUUUGGAACAUGAGAAGGCCCUCCAUGCUAGCCUCAGCACCCUAAGUGAAAGCUUCGAUGUUCCAAACCACGUGUUUAAUGCAAUUUCUUGCGAGAUAUUAUGCAAGUCGCUGGCUGGGGAAGAUGCAAACAAGACAACCAUGGAUAUACUAGACAUUGUGCAAAACUAUGAUUGGGAUGAAAAGGUGGUGCUUGCAUUGGGAGCUUUUGCUGUGAAAGAUGGUGAAUUUUGGCUUGUGUCUCAGCUCUACACCUCCAACCCACUGGCCAAAGCGGUUGGACAGCUUAAGCAAUUGCAAGAGAUAUUGGAACGUGCUGGGACAAUCUUGAAGCCUAAAUUUGACGCCUACAACAAUCUGGUUAAGGGCGUGCUCAAAGUGACAAAGAGCAUUAUUCAAUUGCAAGAUCUUCACAAUGAUCCCCACUUGACCCCCGAAAUCAAAUCUGCAGCUUCCACCGCUCAUAUCCCCACUGCUGUUUACUGGACAAUUCGGAGUAUCGUAGUUGCUGCAUCCCAACUUUUGGGGAUCACAAGCUCCGAACCAGAGUACGUAACAGAGGCAUGGGAACUAUCAUCUUUGGCCCAUAAGCUCGAAAGCAUAUUCAAGCACCUCCAGGAGAAUCUCAACAAAUUAAACCAAAUCAUCCAGAAGAUCAAAGACGAGGAUGCUUUCAAUGCGAUUGCACGCAUUCUAGAAACACCACACAUUGACAACACCAAGCCUCUAAGGGUUUUGUUUUACAAGGAUGACCAGCCUGCUCUCUAUGACUGCUACAACAAAAAGAGGGUUGACAUUGAUGUGCUCAAGAGGAAGGUAGUGAUUCUGUUCAUCAGUGACCUCGAUGUCCUCCAUGAGAGCGAAUACAUGAUUGUCCAGCAAAUGCACAUGGAAAAACGGCAGAACCUGGCAAGGCCAGAGAGCCAGUACGAGGUUGUGUGGGUUCCAAUCACGGAUGAGUGGACUGAAGCCAAGUACCAGCAAUUUGACAGCCUAAAAGCUAAUAUGGAUUGGUACACUGUGUCCCACCCUUCGGUGGUGUCUCCGAUUGUGGUCCGGUACAUCAGGGACCAGAGGAAAUGGAACUUUGUGAAGAAGCCUCUGCUUGUUGUCAUGGACCCUCAAGGCCAAAUAGUGCACAAGAAUGCUGUUCACAUGAUGUGUAUUUGGGGAAGCAUAGCCUACCCUUUCACAAGCAACAAAGAGAGAAUGCUCUGGGACGACGAGUCCUGGAGGAUUGAGCUUUUGGCAGAUUCAAUUGAUCCUAAUUUAUUUACUUGGAUCACAGAGAGGAAGUACAUUUGCUUGUACGGUGGAGAGGACAUAGAGUGGAUCAGGAACUUCACUAAGGCUGCAAAAAGUGUGGCUCUUGAAGCUGGGAUUUCAUUGGAAUUGCUUUACGUGGGGAGGAGCAAGCCUAAGGAGAAAGUGGUGAAGCAGAUCAUGAGCAUCAUCCAAGCUGAGAAGCUAAGCCACACUCUUGAGUGGAGCAUCAUUUGGUUCUUCUGGGUUCGGCUCGAGAGCAUGUGGCAAUCCAAAGGACAACUUCUGAGUGAGCAAUCAAAGACCCAUUUCAUGACAGACAAUUUGAAAAAUGAUCCUAUAAUGCAGGGGAUCAUAUCAAUGCUGAGCUUUGGAUCGAGCGACCGUGGGUGGGCUGUGAUCGGCAUUCCCUCAGCAAACAUGUCUAAGGCCAAUGGAGAGCACAUGUUGAAAAGCUUGAAGGAGUUUAACGACUGGAAGAUUAGGGCAAGCGACGUAGGGUUUACUCCGGCGCUGAAUGAAUACCUAGAAGGGGUGUACAAACAAGCUCCCCAUCACUGCACUAAUCUUAUUUUGCCUGCAACCGGAAUCAUGCCUGAGACGGUGGCCUGCGCUGAAUGCGGGCGUCUCAUGGAGAGGUUUUCCAUGUUCCGCUGCUGCACCGACUGAAUGAAAUCAUUCCUAUAAGCUGCAGCUGCUACUGCUGCUUCUUCUACUUUGCUACUAUUUUGAUAAUAAUUACAGCUUCUAAAAGGUCCCAAGCAUAGCAUCUAUGGUGCUUCAGGGGCUUAAUGUGUGAAUCUUUUACUUGUUGCAGUUCCAUAUUAUUAUAAUUAUCAAUAAAAUUUGAUUACCACUUUCA